AUGGGAUUUUUCGAUCACCUCCAGAAAGGAGGCGCUUUUUCCCUGCAGGCUCAGAAGCCACAGAUUCACCUCACCCCGGAGAAGACCAAAAGACCGCGAGACUCCACUAGCCGGUCUGUUUCGAGUGAUCCUGAUCGUCGCCCGUCGAAGCGUUUAAGUACCCCCUUGCGAAAUAGGAAACGGCCAACUCCCGAGCAACGGCUCUCGAGUGACGACGAUGACGCAAGUGACACGGAUACAUCAUUUGAGUUGCGCAAGCGGGCAAGAACGGAGGAUAGUGCGGAGCCUGACCUCGCGAGGCGCAUACGGUCUUUGAAAGCAUUUUCGGAGGAGAAUGUUAAACCACUGCCGUUGGUCCACGCUGCAGAUAUUACAUCCAAGCAAAAAGCUGGAAACUUCAAACGCGCGUUUGGUGGGGCGGACCGGCCGACGGAGAUUCUUCUGCAGUAUCCUAGUGCUUCACUGAAAGAAAGAUUCAACCUCGUCGUGCCCCGCGACAACGAUGAUUUCAAGCCUAUUGAUGAUAUCGUUCAUGUUAUCGACACCGUUUCUGAGAACUAUAUUCCUGAGAGUGAAGCGGAUUUCUUCAACAAUGAGUCGACAGGUAUCAAACGGAGAUUGCGUCGAGCUUUGGCACAUUCGUCCGAGACGGAAUUCCGAGAAGCUGUGGCCGACUACAAUCAUCAGAUCGAACGGUUAAGACGUAGUGGGGCCAUUGCUAAACAUUUGGACGCGACACAUCGGUUGAACCUGCCGCUGGUAGAGAGGAUAUUGACACAGAUUUACGCCCGUACUGUAUCCCCUCGAGUUGAAUCUCUUCGCCGGUACGAAAACGGAACAGACAACGUUUACGGGGAGCUCCUGCCUCGUUUCAUCAGCACAAUCUUCAAAGAAACUCGACUAAAAUCGGGGCAAGUCUUUGUCGAUCUGGGAUCUGGGGUUGGUAACGUGGUUUUGCAAGCUGCGCUUGAAAUUGGAUGUGAAAGUUGGGGUUGCGAGAUGAUGGCCAAUGCUUGUGACCUGGCAGAACUUCAGCAGACCGAGUUCAGAGCACGCUGCCGGCUCUGGGGUAUUGCGCCAGGGAAAACACACCUUGUCCGCGGCGACUUUCUGCAAGAGCAAAGCAUCAUUGAUGUUUUGAAACGCGCAGAUGUUGUUCUGAUCAACAACCAGGCCUUUACACCUCAGCUCAACAAUGAGAUUAUCAAUCACUUCUUGGAUAUGAAGGAGGGCUGCCAGAUUGUGUCUCUCAAGUCUUUUGUCCCUGCCGGUCACAAGAUUCAGUCUCGCAAUCUGUACUCCCCGAUCAACCUUUUGAAGGUCAAGCAGUUGAAUUAUUGGUCAAAUAGUGUCAGCUGGACUGACGUUGGGGGCACAUAUUUUAUUGCCACCAAAGAUAGUUCCAGGCUCAAGGCUUUUGCGGAUAGCAUGGAGUGAGCGAACUCGAUCACUGCAUCAUGAUGCAUUUCAUUACUGUUGCAUGGCAUUACGACUAAGGGUGCACAAUCCCUGGCAUUACCUCGCCUUUUUUGACAUUUUGAUUUUUACGUGAAUAUUUUCGCUUUGGGUACCCCCGUAUAUAUCAGCAUGUUUGUUGACAUUCUUUCGGGCCAUGCCUUGGAGCAAUGAGUUUUCUUUUGGAAAUAUUCUCUCUUGUUCCAUGAUACCUUUCUGUUAUGACGAUCCACCAUCCUUUUUGGCAUAUUCCGUCAAUCCCAUCGCAAGAUGGCCUUCAUGUCAUAUUCCAUGUGCGCGAAUCUUAGGGGUGAAGGCCAGUUUGUGACCAAAUGAAGAGACGCACGCUGUCUGCGGUGGCUCUGGCCAGCCGGAUUGACUUUUGGGUGGACUCUUGGAUACCAUUUCUUGUAUGAAUAGAUGAGUUAGUUAGACGGGGAC